UUGGCAGCAGGGACGCCGGAGCGCGGCAGCCGCCUUCAACACAACACAACAGCCCGCUCUGUUGCCUAGUUUAUCAAAAUAUGAGAACUAUAACAGUGAUAUAGGGAUUUUAAAUGAUCACAGAGGGCUUUGGACGGGUGGUCAGUGAGUUUAAAGAGAAGGAAGAGAGAAAUAUUGAGCUUUAUGAGCGGCUGGAGCUCCACGUGCUAGCGCUCACGGUAGAUUAGUAGGAUUUAAACAGUUGUUAUAGUUGUUGUUAUAGUUGUUGUUAUAGUUGUUAUAGUUUGAAUAUGUCCCGAUACAACAAGAAGAACGGCGUCCCCGACAGAUGGCUGGACUACAUCUCUGUGGGGAAGAGGAUCCCCGGGACGCGGUUCAUCGCCUUCAAAGUUCCUCUGAAGCAGUCUCUGAACCGGAAGCUCCCGUGUUCGGAGGUCUUCGGUCCCUGGGAGCUGCUGGACGCGCUGAGCACCGAGCAGCAGCGGCUGGGUCUGAUCAUCGACCUGACCUUCACCACGCGCUACUACACUCUGCAGGACGUCCCCGACUCGCUGCUGUUUGUGAAGAUCCUCACAGCCGGACACGAGGUCCCCGGAGACGACACCAUCCUGAGCUUCAAACGCGCCGUACGCAGGUUCCUCCGGGAGAACGCCGACAACGACGAGCUGAUCGGGGUCCACUGCACCCACGGACUCAACCGCACCGGCUACCUGAUCUGCAGGUAUCUGAUCGAUGUGGAUGGGAUGGAUCCUAAAGAAGCCGUUGAGUUGUUCAACGCGUCGCGGGGCCACGCGGUGGAGAGGCAGAACUAUCUGGAGGACCUGCAACGGGGGCCAAAGAGGAGUAACGUGGGGAUGGAGGAGUCGGAGCAGGAGCCAAUGAGAGGCCUCGCCGCCCAGCGGCCGAGCCACGCCCCGUCGGACCCCGACGGCCGGGACGAGAGGCGGCCGCGCUCCAAAGCCUCCCGGCGCCGAAGCAGGUCUUUCUCUCCGAGGGAAACAAUCCAGCGCCCGCACCACAACCACCAUCCUAACGGGGGCCGCGGCCUUCUUCCCAGUCCGCCGUUAAUGGCUCCAUGGGGGGCGCCGGCGGUGCAUCUCAGCCCGUACCGGUGGACGGCCCCUCAUGCCGACAGCGAGUGGAGGAGACCGCCUCGCUCAGACGAGUCCAGAUGUCUUCCAGGGGAGGAGACGGGAUCCAGAUAUCUGUCCCCGACCCAGACAGGAUCCAGAUAUCUGUCCCCGCCCCAGACAGGAUCCAGGUACCCCCCACCGGAACACGAGAGGUGGCCGCCGUCCCGUCUGCCAGAGGACAGACGGAGAGAUCCUGGUCCCCCUCCGUCCCUCCCCCGUUACUCGGCACGCUGGGCCAGCGAGUCCAACGGCCACGACAGGCGAGAGCAGGACUGGGCCGGUCCCAGAUCGAGACCCCCCUCCUCCACGCAAAGCCACAGACACAGAGUCGACCCGUUCGACGACUACUAGCGUUUUGUUAUGAGUUCACAGCUUCAUCAGACUUCUUUAUGGGACAUUUAUGGGACAUUCUGAAUUAAAUUACCCUGCUGUGAUUAUUCUACAUGCUUAAAGAGACGAAAAGGGUUUUCAAAUCCAAGUUUAGGUUCUAGGGGUGUCUCGAUUUGACAUUUAUAGCGAAAAAAGCUCAGAAUUAGCUUUUCAUUUUGAAUUCAAAAGCAGGAUCGGUGAUUUCCCCCCGGGUGUAUUUUUCUCUAUAUUUGCCUACUUCACACCCGUUUGAAGGAAAACACACACACCCAGCGUAGCUUACCGGCUGGUAGCAUAUGGCUACAGACAGGGUAACUAGCGUUAGCUUAUGGGUAGACAUAGUGAUUGGUAUUACAGCCAGAUAUCUUAAAAGCCUGAGAUACACCGGAAGCUGAGAUCCGCUGUGUGACGCUUGGUUUACAGCUUCGUCUGACUUCUCUCAUCGAUGGGAAAUUCUGAGUUAAAUUGUCCUGCUGGGAUCAGUCGACGUGUUUGAAGAAGGGUUUUUUUUCCAGUUAAGGCUCAUGUUCUACGGCUGUCACGAUUUGGAUCCAAAUCGCAAAUCUAUUUCCAUUUUGUCGAUCAAAAUCAGAAGCAGGAUUGGCGAUUACCCUAAUUACCCUAGUGUUUUCUUCUCUCUCCACACCCAACUACUUGCGCAUGUAGCUGGUAGCAUGCAGCUAAAGACACAUGGUAACUUUAGCUUGGCGGUAGCCUGCAGCUAAAGACACAUGGUAACUUUAGCUUGGCGGUAGCCUGCAGCUAAAGACACAUGGUAACGUUAGCUUGGCGGUAGCCUGCAGCUAAAGUCACAUGGUAACUUUAGCUUGGCGGUAGCCUGCAGCUAAAGUCACAUGGUAACUUUAGCUUGGCGGUAGCCUGCAGCUAAAGUCACAUGGUAACGUUAGCUUGGCGGUAGCCUGCAGCUAAAGUCACAUGGUAACUUUAGCUUGGCGGUAGCCUGCAGCUAAAGUCACAUGGUAACUUUAGCUUGGCGGUAGCCUGCAGCUAAAGACACAUGGUAACGUUAGCUUGGCGGUAGCCUGCAGCUAAAGACACAUGGUAACGUUAGCUUGGCGGUAGAUCAAGCCGGGGUCCUCCGACGGGCCUCCAUGGUGUGUUCAUGUGCACCUUGUUAAACUAAUGGUGCAAUCACUCGCAACUUACAAACGCUGAGAAGCUGUUGUAAUAUACCCUUCUGCCUUCUAGUGUCUUUUGUUUUUCUUGUGGCAUUUUAGCCCAAAAAUGUUUUAAAUUGAGAAUUGAAUGGCCGUGACCCCCGGAACGGGUUUACAUGUUUUUAUAUUGAAAGAGUUUUUAGUUGUUGGAGUUGUAGAGCCAGUCCAGAGCCGAUCUUAUUGUUAGUAUUGGCUUAAAUUAAUGGAUCGGUUUCAGCACAAAUUAUCUUUUCUUUGCUGAGCUCUGGUGUGUUUAUUUCUCCUCGGCGUGCGGGUGUUGCAGCGUUGUUAAGACAGCGUCUCUAUAAUCUACAGAUAGGAGAGUUCUAA